AAGCUCUUUCUCCAAGUAUCCUCUGCUCAUAACUCUAAAGCCCCAUAAACACUUAAAAAAAAAAAAACAUCUUAUUUUUCUCUCAAUCUUUCUCACUCAAAAUGGUUGUAUUGUCCAAAACAAGUUUAGAGCAAUAUCCAUGUAUAAGAAACUUGAAACAAACCAUAUUUUCAACUGAAAUCCCUAUGGUGGAUCUUUCCAAACCCGAUGCAAAAAACCUUAUAGUAAAAGCAUGUGAAGAGUUUGGAUUCUUUAAGGUGAUAAACCAUGGUGUUUCUAUGAAAUGUAUAUCUUUGUUAGAAUCUGAAGCUGUUAAGUUUUUUUCUAUGUCUAUUGAUCAAAAGGAGAAAGCAGGACCAGCUAAUCCAUUUGGGUAUGGUAACAAGAAAAUUGGACAAAAUGGUGAUAUUGGUUGGGUUGAAUAUCUUCUUCUUACCAAUAAUCAAGAUUUUAACCAAUUCAAACUUUCCCCUGCUUUUGGUAAAGAUUCAGAUAAGCUUCGCUGUUUAUUGAGUGAGUAUAUGUCAAGUGUGAAAAAGAUGGGAUGUGAGAUUCUUGAAUUGAUGGCCUCAGGAUUGAAUAUUGAAGAAAAUAAUGUAUUUAGCAAGCUUCUAAUGGAUAAAGAGAGUGAUUGCAUUUUCAGGCUUAAUCAUUAUCCUCCUUGUCCUCCUAAGUCAAAUUUGAAUAAUAAUGAAAAUGAAAAUGUGAUUGGUUUUGGUGAGCACACAGAUCCACAAAUAAUUUCAUUGUUGAGGUCAAAUAACACUUCUGGUCUUCAAAUUCGUCUCAAAGAUAAGAGUUGGAUUUCAGUCCCUUCUGAUCACAAUUCCUUCUUUGUUAAUGUCGGUGAUUCUCUUCAGGUUAUGACUAAUGGACGAUUCAAGAGUGUGAGGCACAGAGUUUUAGCAAAUGGGUUCAAAUCUAGACUCUCCAUGAUUUAUUUUGGUGGUCCAUCUUUGAAUGAGAAAAUUGCACCUUUGCCUUGUCUCAUAAAAGGAAAUGAAUGCUUAUUAUAUAGAGAGUUUACAUGGUUUGAAUACAAGAAAUCAGCUUAUGCUACAAGAUUAUCAGACAAUAGGCUUUGUCACUUUGAGAGAAUCAAAGAUUCCUCCUAAAUACUACUUUCUAGAUAAGAUUGGAUUGAUACACCUGUCAAUAUUAAGAUGUCUAUCUCAUCUCAUGUGUGUAAUAGGAUUGGAUUUUGCUUUUUGCUUUUUUCUUUUUGUUAAUGGUUUUCUUUGUACUAUAGAUUAUCUAGUUAUAAAUCAUAUUUUAUGUUAUGGCUUUCUUUGUACUA